UGGACUCUCCCAAGUCCCAACUGCAUUUUCGGAUGAAGAGUCGUAAGCAAUAAGACUCCGACUACUUUCAGGAGAAUAUCAAAUCCCGUAUACCCCUCGCUUUCUUCCUCAGCAAACCCAGACGCCCUCUUUUCUUCCUUUUUCUUCUCCCUCAGAUCAAUGCACGCAAUCUCUCUUCCAAGCGGAUUCCUUUAGUAAUAUCCCUCCAAUUUUCCGUUUUACUUUUCGAAUUCGUACGCACGGAGAGAUCUAUUCACUCUAUCAAUAACCGAGCCUUUUCUAUUGAUUCCUGCGGAUUGGAUCAGAAAUCCAAGGAAUUUUCGUCCUGUAAAUCACUCCCCUUGUUGCCUCUGUUCACUCACGAUCCUGAUUGCCUAAAUAACGGAGACCUUAGUUUCGUAGAAAAUUUACUGCAGCAGUUUUCAAAUAUUAAGAGUGAACAUGUCAGAGCUGUUGCCUAUUUCUUGGCUGAUCCAAGCGAGCAUUUACAACGUGAAAAUUGGUAAGGAGAUUGUCAUCACAACCGUCACUGACCGCGAAGCUAUUAUGAACAGUAGCAUCUCGGAACUAAAAAGUGUAUUGAAGAGUACUCCAGAUCCAUUUGUUGGAAUUGAUGUUGUAAAUAAUGGAGAUCUGUUGCUGUUUCAUGUGAAAAAACGGUGCCUAAUAAUUCAAUUUAAUCGCAUGAUGGUGUUGGAUAAUCUAAUUGAUAUCCCCCAUUCUCUUAAGGAGUUCCUGAAGGACAGAAGUAUCACUUUUAUAGGUCCUGGAAAUAUUAGGCAGAAUUCUACUGUGUCAUAUAUAUCUGGAAGUAGCGGCGAGAAAUUAGAAUUUAAUAGAGUCGUCUAUGUUGGUUAUUUGACUGGUAAGCUUUGUAAGAAGCCAAAUCUGCUGAGUUGUACACUAGAAGAGUUGAUGGGUGAAGUUGGCAUUGAUAUUAAGAAGCCUGUCAUUAGUGAAGGUUCAAUACGUCCUAAUUGGCAAUCGUCUUCGAUUCUAUCGGAGGAGGAGGUGAAAUUGGCGAUGUAUCAAGUUCAUUCAUGCUAUCAAAUUGCAAGCAAGUUAAUUACUGAUGCGACAAGUGCAACUGCAAGUCAGUAGUAACUUCAUCUGGUUAUUCAGUGCUGUUAUUUAUGAAUUCUCACUCCUCUCCUUGUCUUUAUUUCUUCAAGUUUUUAUUUGGAUGUGUCACUAUUACAAUCGGCACUCAACCUUUAGGUGGGCCGACUGGGUAUUUAAUUGGAAAAAUUACUUAAUUGAGUGUUUUUUAAAAAUUAAUUACU